GCUGGACACGACGCCCAGGGAAUACCUUCGUUACUCUGCAUUUUAUUUUUUAAUGGUUUUAUUAUUCUACGAUGUAAAGAGGAUUUUUUUUAUUACUCAACUGAUGAACUUUCUAUUUGAUUUUUCGACCAUUGAGUGAUUGUUCGUUUUAUUUCGGUCAGUGCUUCGAUUGCAAUUAUUAUUGUUUAAACAAUGGAUCUUAGCGAAGUGCCACUUUCACCACCCGCAUCCCCUCAGUUGAAACAAGUUCAUGUCGAACCUCUGCAGUCAUCGUUUAGUGUUGAGGCUCUGCUGAGAAAGGAGACGGUACAUGUCCGGCCGGAUUUGCCACCCACACCCCAAUCAUCUGACACUGAAGAGGAUGACCAGCCGGCGCGUAAACGCCGCUGUUUAGAGCAGCAAUGUGAAUUGACCAAGCUGUUGCUGGAUGGCACACCACCACCUAGUCCAGAGCCAGCUCGUGCAUCAGUGAUAAUGCAUGCAAAUCGUGAUGGCACCUGUCGUCCAGCAUCCCUUCCAAUUUCCGUAGUGAAAGCACCAAUAAGUCACCGAAGAGAAAUUUCAUUGGUAACCAGAGAAGAAAAUAUGCUGAGGCACCAUAAUUUCCCGGAGCCGGAAAAUAUUCUGAAGAAUUUCCAACUAAAAAUGAGCUUAUGCAAAGAAGAAAUAUUUAUCAACAGUAAGAACACGGAUCGUGAAAUGAUAAGAACGGAGAAAAUUGAAGGACAAAAAUUACAACCAUUAGCCCCAAAACCAGCGCCCAUGGGACAGAUAACAAUGGUUCCAGUGACAGGUAUCUUUGGAACACCCAUGGUGCUACCCCGGACACCUCUUCUCCUUGUUACAACACCAUCAGCAGUCACUACAAAUCCAAAAGCAGCUUCGACUGAUGCUGGAGCACGAAGACGAGUUUACGAGUGCGAGCAUCCUGGCUGCGGGAAAAAUUAUUUUAAAUCAUCGCAUUUAAAAGCCCACACACGGACACACACCGGAGAAAGACCGUUCCCCUGUCCUUACGACGACUGCGGCAGGAGAUUUUCAAGGAGUGAUGAACUCUCCCGCCACAAGAGAACACACACCGGGGAGAAAAAAUUCGUUUGUUCAGUUUGUCAAAGACGAUUUAUGCGAAGUGAUCACUUGGCUAAACACGUCAAAAGACAUGUCAGAGAUAAAAGUUCGACUGAUACGUUUCACCCUAGCACAUCAUCAACACCUCCACGAACAACCAGUUUGAGCCAAUCGCAAAUAGGACAGAGACCAGUGACAGUUAAUUUACUUCCAGUUCUUACGUCCAGACUGACCCACCUACCAAACUUAAUACCUCCCCAACUUGCCGCAUAAAUUAUUCAUCACUAAUUUUCUAGUCCCUUUGGUUCAACAAUUAUGUUCAAACUUCAUAUGAGAACUCUCGUGCAAAUGAAAAAUCGUACUAUGUAUUCUAUCAUAAUUUCUACGUAUCGAACAAAAUGAGUAAUUAUUAAUAAUGUAAGUGUGUCUGUGAUCUCUGAUGUGUUUAAUGAAGAAACAGCUCAUGGCCGAGACAUUAAAAAACAUCGACAUGAGAUAUCCGUGAGGACCGAAACGAGAUUGAAAUAUUGUAUAAAUAGGUCAUGUUCAAAUGCUAAGACUUCCUCCUAGGAUUAUUUGUUUGUAAUAUAAAAUUGUAUAUAAAAGAUCAAUAUAGACUUCCGUACUUUCUUAACAA